CGGCGCGGACGCGGGGGCCGGCUGUUGUGGGUGGCGGUGUGGUCCUAGCGGGCCUUCGUGCUCCGGCUGGGGCCCGCGGCGGGCGGCCAUGAACUUCUCCGAGGUGUUCAAGCUCUCUGGCCUGCUCUGCAAGUUCUCCCCCGACGGCAAGUACCUGGCAUCCUGUGUCCAGUACCGGCUGGUGGUCCGGGACACGCAGACCCUUCAAAUCCUCCAGCUGUACACAUGCCUGGACCAGGUCCAGCACAUGGAGUGGUCGGCCGACUCGCUUUUCAUCCUGUGUGCUAUGUACAAGCGAGGGCUUGUGCAGGUUUGGUCCCUAGAGCAGCCAGAAUGGCACUGCAGGAUAGACGAGGGUUCUGCAGGACUGGUCACCUCAUGCUGGAGCCCAGAUGGGCGCCACGUUCUCAACACCACUGAAUUCCACCUGCGGGUAACCGUCUGGUCCUUGUGCACAAAAUCCGUGUCUUACAUCAAAUAUCCCAAAGCUUGUCAGCAGGGACUCUCCUUCACCAGGGAUGGCCGCUAUAUGGCACUGGCAGAGCGGCGCGACUGCAAGGACUUCGUGAGCGUUUUUGUGUGCAGUGACUGGCAGCUCCUGCGGCACUUUGAUACGGACACCCAGGAUCUCGCAGGGAUCGAGUGGGCCCCGAACGGCUGUGUACUGGCAGUGUGGGACACCUGCUUGGAGUACAAGGUUCUGCUCUACUCCUUGGAUGGCCGCCUGCUGUCAGUGUUCUGUGCCUACGAGUGGUCCCUGGGCAUCAAGUCUGUGGCCUGGAGCCCCAGCAGUCAGUUCCUAGCGGUUGGGAGCUAUGACGGGAAGGUGCGCCUCCUCAAUCACGUGACUUGGAAAAUGAUCACAGAGUUUGGGCAUCCCACAACUAUCAGCAACCCCAAGAUUGUGGUGUACAAGGAAGUUGAGAAGAGCCUGCCACCGGGGCUGGGCCACCUCUCCUUCUCAUCCUCCAGGGCAGCACCCAGCCCUCGCGCUACCUUUGAGAGCAAAUACGAGGUGGCCUCCAUGCCAGUCUCCUUGCAGACACUGAAGCCUGUUGCCGACAGGGCGAACCCCAAGAUCGGCAUAGGGCUGCUGGCCUUCAGUCCUGACAACAGCUUCCUGGCGACAAGAAACGACAAUGUCCCCAAUGCUGUCUGGGUGUGGGACAUACGGAAGCUGAGGCUGUUUGUGGUGCUUGAGCAGCUGUCACCGGUGCGCUUGUUCCAGUGGGACCCUCAGCAGCCACGGCUGGCCAUCUGCACAGGAGGCAGCAAGGUCUACCUGUGGUCCCCGGCAGGCUGUGUGUCGGUGCAGGUGCCAGGGGAAGGUGACUUUCCAGUGCUUUCGCUGUGCUGGCAUGUAAGUGGGGACUCGCUAGCCCUUCUCAGUAAGGAUCACUUCUGCCUCUGUUUCCUGGAGACUGAGGAGGGGGUCGGCGAGGACGACCACACGUAGCGCCUGCGCCCUGUGGAAGUGGGAGCCACCCUGUGUCUGCAGCACAGGACGGAACAGGGCUUCUCCGGAAAGUUCUCCAGCUGCGAGGGUCCAAGUACAGUUAGUUGACUCUAUUUUUUUAAUAGCAAAGCACUUUUGUAAAUAUGUAUGGUGUAAAACUGUAAUUUGUAUUUAAAAUAAAUAUUUGCUAAUUUAUAAAA